AUGGAUGGUUUGAGUAAAUUAAACAAUGAAACGAAUCGUCUAUUACAAGCAUCACGAAUUCGGCUGAUAAUGCGCGAAAUGUCUUCAUAUAUUGCGAAGGGAGCUAUGGAAUAUCGAAGUGAUCCUUCAAACUCAAAGCCUCUUUUGGAUGUUUUAGAACCGAUUUCCCAAUGCUUUGGAAGCAUUGUAUUAGAAGCGGUAUCUCUAGCCGAUAACGGCAAUGUUUGCUUGCUCAAAGAUCCUGUUCAUGGUCGGAGUAUAUACGAAUUAUCAAACGGCAGCGAUCGUUUACGAUUGAAUAUAUCUAUGCGUGCUUUAUUUGUAGCCGAAAAAAAUGAUGCAGCCAAGAGCAUUGCGGCGAUAUUAUCACGUGGUACUUCAACACGACGUGAUGGUCGUAGUCGUUUCAAUAAAAUUUAUCAGUUUACUGCAAAUGUAGGCCAAAACCCAGGUUGUCAUGUUGCGAUGACAAGUGUUUCUGGCCAUUUGCUUCAGCAUGACUUCCCAUCAUCCUUCAAAAAUUGGACUGAGACUCCAAUAAAAGUGCUAUUCGAUGUAAAUGUCCAGAAAAGUACUAUCCCGGGAAUGGAAGAUGUCAGGGCUACAUUAAUAGAAGAGAUACAAAAAUCUGAUUUACUUGUCAUAUGGACCGAUUGUGAUCGAGAAGGUGAAGCUAUAGGAGCUGAAGUGGUUUCUGUAUGCACUCAGGUUAAUCGUAAUUUAGACGUCUAUCGAGCUCGAUUUUCUGAAAUUACAAGUGCAGCUGUUAAUCGUGCACUGAAUAAUUUGGUUAGAAUAGAUCAACGAUUGGUGGAUGCUGUUGAAUGUCGUUCAGAAUUGGACUUACGAAUUGGUGCAGCAUUUACGCGCCUGCAAACACUUCAUUUAAGGAAUAAUUUCACCAGCAUAUUUCGAGAUAAAAACAUUGUCAGUUAUGGUUCAUGUCAAUUUCCAACAUUGGGAUUCAUUGUGGAGCGUUACAAAGCCAUCAAAGAAUUCAUUUCGGAAACAUUCUGGAAAAUUUCCAUGAAACAUAUGCGAGACGACAUUCUAGUUGAAUUUUUUUGGGAUCGUCAAAGGCUUUUUGAUCAUAACAUUGUCCAGGUACUUCUAGACGAUUGUGAAGAAGCAGGAGAAGCUCGAGUUUUGUCGGUAAUAACAAAGCCGAAGAGUAAAUGGAGGCCUGUUGCUCUCGAUACAGUUGAACUUGAGAAAUUAGCUGUUAGGAAAUUAAAAUUCAGCGCCAAAGAGACAAUGGUUGUGGCCGAGAGAUUAUAUAAUAAAGGAUAUAUAUCAUAUCCACGUACAGAAACAAAUAAGUUUCCGAAAGAUAUGAAUUUGAACAUUUACGUACAGCAACAAACAGUAAGCGGUGAAUGGGGAGACUUUGCGCAGGAGAUCGCAGUACGUGGACCAAAUCCGAGAAAUGGUUCGAAAACUGAUGAAGCACAUCCUCCGAUUCAUCCAUUAAAAUUUGCUACAGCAAAUGAAUUGAUUGGCUUGGAAUGGUCUCUAUACGAAUUCAUCGUGCGACAUUUUCUCGCUUGUCUUUCUGUUGACGCAAAAGGACAAGAAACUAAAGUUCAGGUUCGUGUGGGCAACGAAAAUUUCACGACAUCAGGGCUUAUAGUUGAGGAUUAUGGAUAUCUUAAUGUUUAUAAAUAUGACAAAUGGAGUGAUAAAAUUUUACCUUCUUAUCGCGAAAAUGAAUUAAUUACUAGCUAUCAAUUGCAAAUAACUGAAGGACAAACGCAACCACCUCAAUUACUUAAUGAAGCUGAUUUAAUUGCAUUGAUGGAUAAAUACGGUAUUGGGACAGAUGCAACUCAUGCGGAACACAUUGAAACAAUUAAAACACGUCAGUAUGCUGCACUGAACAACGAUGGACGUUUUAUUCCGGGCUAUAUUGGAUUAGCACUUGUUGAUGGAUAUGAUCAGAUGGGCUAUGCAAUGAGUAAGCCACAUAUGCGUGCUGACUUAGAGUCUCAACUGAAACUUAUUUGUCUUGGACAAAGAAAUAGAGAUGAUGUGUUGAAAGAACAGAUCGCUAGAUAUCGAGAAAUAUUUGAACAAGCGGAAGACAAAGUUGAAAUGUUAUCAAAUGCUUUGCGCCAGUAUUUGAAUCAGCGUGAAAAUCUACCCGAAACAACGAUACAGCAAAGCAAUAACCCAGAAUUACCCAAUAACAUGCGUGUAGUAACUAGUCGUGCUCCUUUAACACCAAGAAAUAGUUCUUCCACAAGGCGUGGAAAAAAUAGCAAAGCCGGAGGCCGUGGCGCUAGCCGAUCAAUUUCGAGGACGGUUGUUAAUGAGGAACAACUGGCAACAACCAAUGCUAGUGACAUUGAACUUCUUUCAUCCCUCUCUAUAUUGCAUUCAAAUAGCGGAACACGAGGUCGAACAAAGGCAAUCACCAGUGCAGGUGUUUGUCGCGGUAGAGAACGAGUUAGAUCUGUACAGAAACGACAGUGUUCUUGUGGACUAGCAGCUAAACGUCUGAUCGUUAAGAAGGAGGGCCCAAAUCAUGGUCGUGCUUUCUGGGCAUGCUCGAAAGGUCGGGAUAAUCCUGAGAAGUGUAAAUAUUUUGAAUGGGAUGGAUCCAGAAAUAAUGAACCAUCAUAG